CGCCGCGCUCUGUCCCCGUGCCGCUGCCGAGCGGAUGUGGGGGGUGUUUGAGCCGCGUUGUCGCGCCGCUGUUACGUCACUUCCGGACGGCGGCGGGACGGCGACGGCGUGGAGGGAGCGCGGAGGCGGCAGCCCGUCUCCUAAAGCCGCCAUGGAUUACCUCUCCAAACCCGGCUUCUUCAGCAUCCUGGCAGGGAUUGCCUGCGGUGUGUGCCUGGGAUGGGGCAUCCGCGGGCGGCUCCUGCGGCAGCACCGCGCUGUAGCAGCGGCUGCGGGCGGCAGCGGGACCGAACCCAACGUGAUGGGAGAGUCGGGGGAGUUCAAGAUGGUGCUGGUCGUCCGCAACGAUCUGAAGAUGGGGAAGGGGAAAGUAGCGGCGCAGUGCUCCCACGCGGCCGUUUCUGCCUAUAAGCAAGUUCAAAGGAGGAACCCCGAGCUCCUGAAGCAGUGGGAGUACUGCGGGCAGCCCAAGGUGGUGCUCAAAGCUCCCGAUGAAGAGACUCUGAUUCAGCUCCUGGCUAAUGCCAAGCGCCUGGGACUGACUGUGAGCUUAAUCCAGGAUGCUGGGCGCACUCAGAUAGCGCCAGGCUCCCAGACUGUCCUCGGUAUCGGGCCGGGACCUGCUGAUGUAGUAGAUAAAGUUUCUGGUCAUCUAAAACUCUUUUGAGCUGGGGACCAAAGAAAUUUGAGCACACCUAUAUAGAUGAGUGAGUGCUAAAGGGAUGAUUCAGUGUGUUCUCCCAGUAGAAAUAAAGUCACCAUUUUUUGUAAAAGA